CGGCGGGGCCGAGACACGCCCGCCGCACGGCCCCCGCUUGCUGUCGCCGCCACCGCCGCUGGCCCUCGGCGCUGCCCGCGUCCCCGCCCGCCCGCUGAGCCGGUCCGGCCGCCGCGAGCAUGCACCCGACGAGCUAGGAGGAAGCCGAGCCCCGCAGGAAGGACCGAGCGCCGGCCGCGCCAGCCGCCCGCCCCCGGCCCCUCCCCUGCGGGCGCCCCCAGCCCCACACCCCCCCACCUUCCUGGGCGGUGGGGGGGUGCGGGCUGCCGAACGGGGGCCCCGCCGCCCGGCAGCCAGGACAGCCCCUUUCCCCGCCCCCGGCCCCGCCGGCCAUGGAUCUGACCAGCAGCUCGGGCGGCGGCGGCGACCCCCGGCAGAUCGAGGAGACCAAGCCGCUGCUGGGGGGCGACGUGCCGGCCCCCGAGGGCACGAAGAUGGGCGCCGUCCCUUGCCGCCGGGCCCUUCUGCUGUGCAACGGGAUGAGGUACAAAUUGCUGCAGGAGGGCGACAUCCAGGUCUGUGUCAUCCGGCACCCGCGGACCUUUCUCAGCAAGAUCCUCACCUCGAAAUUCCUGAGGCGCUGGGAGCCGCACCACCUAACGCUGGCCGACAACAGCCUGGCGUCCGCCACGCCAACUGGGUACAUGGAAAACUCAGUCUCCUACAGCGCUAUUGAAGACGUUCAGCUGCUGUCCUGGGAGAACGCCCCGAAGUACUGUUUACAGCUCACAAUUCCUGGGGGAACUGUCUUGCUGCAGGCUGCCAACAGCUACCUGCGAGACCAGUGGUUCCAUUCUCUGCAGUGGAAGAAAAAGAUUUACAAAUACAAGAAAGUUCUGAGUAACCCAAGCCGUUGGGAAGUUGUCUUGAAGGAGAUCCGAACUCUGGUGGACAUGGCCCUGACAUCCCCCCUGCAAGAUGACUCCAUCAACCAAGCCCCACUGGAAAUCGUCUCGAAACUGCUCUCAGAGAACACAAACUUGACUACCCAGGAGCAUGAAAACAUCAUUGUGGCAAUCGCUCCUUUGCUGGAAAACAACCAUCCACCACCAGAUCUCUGUGAAUUCUUUUGCAAGCACUGCAGAGAGCGGCCCCGGUCCAUGGUGGUCAUCGAAGUGUUCACCCCCGUGGUCCAGAGAAUCCUCAAGCAUAACAUGGACUUUGGGAAGUGUCCACGACUGAGGCUGUUUACUCAGGAGUACAUCCUUGCCUUGAAUGAGCUCAACGCGGGGAUGGAAGUGGUGAAGAAGUUCAUUCAGAGCAUGCAUGGCCCCACAGGGCACUGCCCCCACCCCCGGGUCCUGCCCAACCUAGUGGCCGUGUGCCUGGCCGCCAUCUACUCCUGCUAUGAAGAGUUCAUCAACAGCCGCGACAACUCCCCAAGCCUGAAGGAGAUCCGGAAUGGCUGCCAGCAGCCCUGCGACCGGAAGCCCACCUUACCUCUGCGCCUUCUGCACCCCAGCCCGGACCUGGUGUCUCAGGAAGCCACACUGUCCGAGGCCCGGCUCAAGUCGGUGGUCGUGGCCUCCAGCGAGAUCCACGUGGAGGUGGAGCACAGCAGCACUGCCAAGCCGGCGCUGACAGCCAGCGCAGGCAACGACAGCGAGCCCAACCUCAUCGACUGCCUCAUGGUCAGCCCUGCCUGCAGCACCGUGAGCAUCGAGCUGGGCCCCCAGGCUGACCGCACACUCGGCUGCUACGUGGAGAUCCUCAAGCUGCUGUCGGACUAUGAUGACUGGAGACCGUCUCUGGCCAGCUUGCUUCAACCCAUUCCAUUCCCCAAAGAAGCUCUUGCACAUGAGAAGUUCACCAAGGAACUGAAGUACGUGAUUCAGAGGUUUGCUGAAGACCCGAGACAAGAGGUCCACUCGUGCCUGCUGAGCGUGCGGGCUGGCAAGGAUGGCUGGUUUCAGCUGUACAGCCCUGGAGGGGUGGCUUGCGAUGAUGACGGGGAGCUGUUCGCCAGCAUGGUGCACAUCCUCAUGGGCUCCUGUUACAAGACCAAAAAAUUCCUGCUGUCCUUGGCGGAAAACAAGCUGGGACCUUGCAUGCUCCUGGCGCUGAGGGGCAACCAGACCAUGGUGGAGAUCCUGUGCUUGAUGCUGGAAUACAACAUCAUCGACAACAACGACACCCAGCUGCAGAUCAUCUCAACUCUGGAGAGCACCGGCGUGGGGAAGCGCAUGUACGAGCAGCUGUGCGACCGGCAGCGGGAGCUGAAGGAGCUGCAAAGGAAAGGCGGGCCCACCAGGCUAACACUGCCCUCCAAGUCCACAGACGCAGACUUGGCUCGUUUGCUGAGCUCUGGCUCCUUUGGAAACCUGGAGAACCUCAGUUUGGCCUUCACCAAUGUAACCAGUGCCUGCGCUGAGCACCUCAUCAAACUGCCUUCUCUCAAGCAGCUGAACCUGUGGUCCACUCAGUUUGGAGACGCCGGCCUGCGCCUCCUGUCGGAACACCUCACCAUGCUCCAGGUGCUGAACCUGUGCGAGACGCCUGUCACCGAUGCUGGCCUGCUGGCCCUCAGCUCCAUGAAGAGUCUCUGCAGUUUAAACAUGAACAGCACCAAGCUCUCGGCUGACACCUAUGAAGAUCUGAAGGCCAAGCUUCCCAACCUGAAGGAGGUGGAUGUCCGCUACACGGAAGCCUGGUGAAGCUCCACUCGGCAGGAAGCAGUUUGCAACCGCAACACACAACUCUUGACUAAUAGCCGUAGAGCGGCCAGUCCUGGGGUCCCGCCCCAGCGUCCUGGCUGUGAGAUAGAUGGGGGAGUCUUUCUGGGGGCAGAGGGCGCUGGGGGAGGGGGUGGGGAGGGGGUCCAUAAGCACGCCCAGCCCCCGCCUAAUUCUCUUAGCUUCAUAAUUGGAACCUUGACCUGAUCUAAAAUGGACUUUGUAGCAACCAGAGGAGCAUCAGCGGGUCGGGGAGGGGGUGGGUGGGGGGCUUGGGGAGGGGGGACCCCUCGUGGAUUUUCUUUGCCUUUGUGUUUAAUGCCGUGUGGGAAAAGUCAACUCCGAUGCCACCAUCACUCGACCCCGAUGGGCCUCCAGGGCUAGAAGGAUGCUUUCUUCCUCAGAAGCUCUCGCUGAGAACCAGCCCUGCCAUUGGGACAAGAAGGCCCAGUCCCAUCAUUGCACCCGUCCUGUGUCCUCACCAUUGCUAUGCAAAGUGAUUCUUGUUGUACAUAAGAUUUAAUGCGCCUAUUUAAGAAAUGUUGACAAAUUGCGGGUCUGGGACCUGCCUCUUAUUUAUGAAGUCUUCGACCCGCCCUCCCUCCCUCCCCUCCCCCCUGCCCCCCCCCCCCCCCCCCCGCCACUGCCCCUGGCGUGGAGUACUGUAUAAACCAGUCAGCUGUCGGGGUAGUGGUAGUAUUAUUGUUAUUUUUUUAAAGGAAACAAACAGACAAAAAAAAAAAAAAACUUCCUUGGAAAAUUAAUUGCUUUUUCGUAAUGGAUUCUGUAUGGUAAAGCUCUCUCCUCCCUUCUGUCUGUCUGUCUGUCUGCCCACCUACCACUGUGCAUUUCCCAGAUGUCUCCAACUUCCUCACGGGGUAGGGGUCAGGCUGGGGGAGGAGAAGUGGGGUCCCCACAUUGUAGUCUUGCUCCUCUAAGGGCCCAGCUUUCUCUCCGCCCCUUUUACACAUUUUGAGGGGGACUGCUAACCUGUUCCCCCACCCAUCCCUGGAGAAGAGCUGCCCCCGUCUGUCCCCCGGAGAGUCCCAUCUCCGGUGACCUCUGCUCUCCCUGCUCCUGACUGAGACCUGUGGCCUCCCCAUCCUCCUGUGCUCCCUGUGGUCUCUUCAUGCAUGCCGCCUCCUUGCAUGGUCUCUUGGGAGAAGAGAGAGACGUCGCCUCCACCAGCCUGACUUCCCUCCCGCCCCAUGAUGUGACCACUGCAGCACAGACAUCCCUCUGUCCCCACCCUGCCCCGACGACAAACCAACCUCCAGUUCUUUUAUAAACAGUCGGCUUUUUCUUAACAAGCCCUCACUGUACAGAACAGCCCCUUUACGGUUUACUUGGGGUCCCCUCUCCCCAAAGCCCCUUUUUCUGUUGGUUUAGCACAAAUACUCCCCCUCCGGCACCUCCAGACCCAACCCCCAGUCAAUGUAAUUGUUUUAUAUAUAUAUUUAAUCUUAUUCAAUGGAAACCAUGCUUUUGUCGUUUUAUACUUUGCUAGGUAGACUUUAUUACCCCCCAACUAUGCCCUCAUUUUUUUAAAAAAGGAAAAAAAAAAGAAAUUGGGUUUCAGUCUUAAUUCAUUUUACGUGCCAGGUUUUAUUUUGAGUGUGUGUGAGUGUUCCGUUUUGUGUUUUGUUUUCGUUGUUGUUGUUUUCUGUUGUUUGGUUUUAUUCUCUCCCCUCCAGUCCCAUACUUUACAGCACUCUGGUGCAGGAAGAAGCAGAAGCAAAAAAAAAAAUUUUAAAAAGAAAAAAAAAAGAUGAACUGAGACAUGCCACCUUUCCCUUCGCACUGUUGCUUUUCCUGAUGGUUAUACUACUGUCACGUAGCUGUGUUCAGAGAUGUGAAAUACUUUCAGGCAAAAAUAAACUGUAAGUGACUCAUUGA